AUGGCGGCGGUGGGCCGGUGUCCAGAGGUCGUGGACAAGCCCAAGCACAGCAGCAAAAGACACACGGAAAGCCGUUUCCACGUCCGAUCGCGAGAGCACGUGCGUACGCUCUUUGCGCGCACAGAGGGCGGGGAGAGAGGAGGAAGAAAGAAAACGAGGAGGAGAGGGCAGGCAGAGGCCGGCCACGGUGCUGUCCAAACGUAUGGAGAUCUAGUGGCACUGCCGGCGCUUUCGAGAGCGGUGAGUGGCUAA